AUGUCAAGUGAUUCUAUUCCAGCAGUUUCUUCAUAUUUUCUCACAAAUCUAACUUAUACUCCAAUGUCUUAUCGCGAUCGGAUUACUGUAGAAUUCGGCUUGAAUUUUACAUCUUGGUUCUUGAAUUUUCUCCUAUUUUUAUUUGUUAAAUUCAAGAGAAAUAUUUGGAAUUCUUUGAAGGUUUGGAUUUGAAAUUAUUUUGAAGAAGGCAUCAGUGAUUUAGUUUACUGUAGUCAUUUUUUAAAAGUUCUUUCAUAGUUCACUUUUUGAGACGAGCCUUCUUUUUUCAGUCAACAAUUGUAUUUGUGACAACUGGAAGUCUUUUAGUAAAUAUCCCUUUAAUUUUAUUCCAAUUUUGGAUGGUUAUAAAUCUCCAACUCGGAAACGAGCCAAUGUACACAGUAUUCACUUGCUCAUUUUUCAAAAAUUUUUGUAGUUCAACAACUUCAGCUUAUCAAGUUUUACCUUUUGUGAGUUUUUUUAUCGAAAUUCUAGAUUUACCUGAAUUCUAUGAUUUUUAGGCAGUUUCAAUUUAUCGUUAUCGAACAGUUGUUCUAAAAAGCAGCCCAACAGUUCAUUUCGUGAUUUUUGUUCAAACUUUGGUUAUUUUAAUUUUUACAAUUUAUGCGUUUCUCAAUUUUCCAUUGGGAGAAAAUCAGAAAAAUGAUGUUUGUUUUGUUUUGAGAUUUAGUAACACUAUGGAACUUGUUAGGGUAAGAGAUUUAUUUUUUGAAAAUCUGAAAACAAAUCUGGGAUUUUCAGAUCUUUAGCACGUUAUUUUUCAAUUUCUUCGCAAUUUUUAUGAACUUUGUGAUUUUGAAUUUUGUGAAAAAUUUUGAGAGGGAAAAUAGUCAACGUAAGUUUUUUUAAAAUCAUUUCCAAAUUUUGAUUUAAAAUUUUUGAUAAUUUUUGUUGAUGAAAUCAAAAUUUGAAAAUUCCCUGAAUCUCCUAGAUCUCUCAAAAAUUGAAUUUUUCAGAAAACCAAACAAAACGUGUUCAAUUAACCAAAAGUUUAUUAUUCCAAUCAAUAGUUCCAGUUUUAGUAUCUCUCCCAUUAUUAUUAGGAUCUUUCGAAUUUUAUUUCGGGAUUCCACUUCCCAAAUCAUUUUCCACAACUUGGUAUGCAACAACAUUUCUCGGCCCAUUUUUAACACCAUUUUCAUCGAUUAUUGGAAUUUCGAGCACUCGAAGAGAACUAUUUUAUACUAUUUUUAGAUGUUGUUAUUCGAAAAAACCACCAGCACCUUCAACUAUUUUUGUGAAAGUCGCUAAGAUUUCGAAAUCUGAUCGGAGCACUUUUACAGUUAGGGAUUUUGAAUAA